AUGAGGCCAGGAAAUUAUGGUGAUCUUAAUGAACCAGAAGAUGACGAUGAUGAUGAUCAGACUUCAGGUGUCACAGAAUUGCCUGAUAUUUCAGAACAUCGGAUUAUUUAUUUAAAUUCUCUGCAAAAGCAAAAGUUUUGUAACAACACCAUUAGGAAUGGUCUGUGGCUGUGGAUUAAAUGGACAGACGUUGCUGUCGGAGAUAUUGUAAAAAUUACUAGUGGCCAAUUUUUUCCGGCAGAUCUUGUGCUUUUAUCUUCUAGUGAACCUCAUGCUAUGUGCUAUAUUGAAACUGCCAAUCUGGAUGGAGAAACAAAUUUAAAGAUUAGACAAGGUCUUCCAGAAACAGGGAAAUGGCUGACUCCGAGAGAUUUAGAACGUUUAAGAGGCACAGUAGAAUGUGAAAGUCCAAAUAGGCAUCUGUAUGAAUUUACCGGAAACCUGAGGAUAUCUGGUAAACAAGCAUUGCCACUUGGAGCUGAUCAGUUGCUUCUGCGAGGGGCCAAAAUGAGAAAUACAAAUUGGGUAUUUGGUCUUAGGACACUAUGCCUUGCAGUUGCCGACAUAUCACCAGAGGUUUAUGAAGAAUGGAAGCAUACUUAUUAUAAAGCCAGUACAGCUCUUCAAUACAGAGAAAGAAAGAUUCAGGAUGCUGCUCAACUCAUUGAAACUAAUUUAACUCUUCUUGGAGCUACUGCCAUUGAAGAUAAAUUGCAGGAGGGUGUUCCAGAAGCUAUUUCUGACUUGCUAAAAGCAGAUAUAAAGUUCUGGGUUUUGACGGGUGAUAAGCAAGAAACUGCAAUAAAUAUUGGCUAUUCAUGCAAACUCUUGACACAAACAAUGGCUCUUCUUGUCAUUAAUGAAACUAGUUUAGACAAUACAAGAGAAGCUAUAGGAAGACACAUUCAUGAUUUUGGUGACUUGUUAAGAAGAGAACAUGAUGUUGCUUUAAUUAUAGAUGGAAAAACAUUGAAAUAUGCUUUAUCAUCUGAUGUCAGAAGAGAUUUUGUAGAUAUUGCUUUGUCAUGUAAAAGUGUUAUUUGUUGUAGAGUGUCUCCUAUUCAAAAGGCUGAAGUUGUUGAAAUGGUACAUUGUGCUACUAAUACUGUAACUUUGGCCAUAGGAGAUGGUGCAAAUGAUGUUGCAAUGAUACAGGCCGCUCAUGUUGGCAUUGGUAUCAGUGGAUAUGAAGGCUUGCAAGCAACUUGUGCUUCUGACUACUCUAUAGCUCAGUUUCGCUUUUUGACGAGAUUGUUACUUGUUCAUGGUGCAUGGAGUCAUGCACGUUUAUGCAAACUCAUCUUGUAUUCAUUUCAUAAAAACAUCUGCUUGUAUGUUAUUGAGCUGUGGUUUGCCAUGGUCAGUGGCUGGUCUGGACAAACCCUUUUCGAACGGUGGACUAUUGGCUUAUAUAAUGUUAUAUUUACAGCUGCCCCGCCGUUGGCCAUAGGUUUGUUUGACCGUACUUGCAGCGCAGAAACUAGGCUGAAAUUCCCUGCCUUAUACAAAACUUCUCAGACAUCUGAAUUUUUCAAUGUUCAUGUUUUUUGGAUAUGGAUAUUUGAUUCCAUAGCCCAUUCUAUGCUGCUGUUUUGGCUUACAUAUUUAAGUAUAGAUCAUGAUAUUGUCUGGGCCAAUGGUAAAGAUGGUGGUUACCUCGUUUUUGGAAAUAUUGUAUAUACACUUGUAGUUGUUACCGUUUGCUUAAAAGCAGGAUUAGAAAUGUAUGCCUGGACAUGGCUUACACACUUGGCAAUAUGGGGCAGCAUAGCAAGCUGGUUCAUAUUUUUGUGGGGCUAUAGCAAUUGUUGGCCCACUUUACCUAUUGCUGCAGACAUGGUUGGCAUGGACCAUAUGGUGCUUUCAUCUGGUGUAUUUUGGACCAACCUCUUAAUUAUUCCAAUAAUUGCAUUACUUGGAGAUUUCACAUACAAAGUAUUACGAAGAACUAUAUGUAAAAGUUUGGCAGAAGCUGUACGCGAAAGUGAGAUUGCCAAUGCUGACCCUUCAACAGUGAUGGUUCAUGCAACAAAACAGAGGUGACUUUAAUGUGUCUAUUUUCGAAGGAAAAUAUAGACACAAUUUAUAAUAUUCUUCGCAUCAGAAAAACUGUUGAGUUUUGAAAAAACAUUUUAAAUGUGAAGCCAAACUUUUGACUUUACCUUCAUAUAACUGUGAUACUCUUUGUGCACAGCUAUAUUUUUAUUGUAAUUGCAAAUUUAGGCUUAAUUGAAAAAAUCAUAGGAAAUGAAAGGAAAUGCUUGUGAAUAGAAUGUACGAAGAGAUCAAAUUGCAUUUAGUUUUGCCAAUUACCACAUCGUUUGUGUUCAU